UCGCACUGCUCCUUGGAACACCACAAGGGCUUUCAUUGCUGCCAUGAAGGGCAAGUGUCUCCUGGAGGUGACUGGGGUGGCAGAUCCUACAGGGUGUGGUGAAGGAUUCUCCUAUGUCAAGAUUCCAAACAAACCAACACAGCAGAAGGAUGAUAAGGAGCCUCAGCCAGUGAAGAAGACAGUGACAGGAACAGAUGCAGAUCUCCGUCGCCUUUCACUGAAAAAUGCCAAGCAGCUCCUACGUAAAUUUGGCGUGCCUGAAGAAGAGAUUAAAAAGUUGUCCCGCUGGGAAGUGAUCGACGUAGUCCGCACAAUGUCCACAGAGCAGGCCCGCUCUGGAGAGGGGCCCAUGAGUAAAUUUGCCCGUGGGUCAAGGUUUUCUGUGGCUGAGCAUCAAGAGCGUUACAAAGAGGAAUGUCAGCGCAUCUUUGACCUACAGAACAAAGUUUUGUCAUCAACCGAAGUAUUAUCAACUGACACAGACAGCAGCUCAGCUGAAGACAGUGACUUUGAAGAAAUGGGAAAGAACAUUGAGAACAUGUUGCAGAAUAAGAAAACCAGCUCUCAGCUAUCACGCGAGCGGGAGGAGCAGGAGCGGAAGGAACUACAGCGGAUGCUACUGGGUGAGGGUAGUGGCUUCACAGACAAGAAAGAGAAGGAUCGGAAAAGUGUAAAUAACCGCAGACUAAGAACUGAGCCAAAGCUGGAGGCAGAAGAAGUAGGGAAUGAGUAUAGAAAAGCCUGUAGAUGAGGUAGAGAGGUAACCACAAACUGGACUGGAGGUUUGUCUGGGGGGCCCAGAUUGAAGAGAUGCCGCCAACCCACUGCUGCCUCUGUCUGUAUCGGGCCUGUCCAAGCCGGGGCUAGCAGUGCUGUACGUCAAGUGAGCUUUCUGGGCAUUUGUCCUAGAGGCUAAGAGUUUUUAAAACCGAUUUCGUGGAUAAAUUUGAGGGGUUGCUCUUGAACCCUCUGAAAUCAUAUGUAAAGUUCUGUGCAAAUGUGCCUUUUCUGAGAAGAUCCGUGACUUGCAGAAGAUUCUCAAAGGAGUCCUAGACCCUAAAUAGAGUUAAAAAUCACCAACCAAAAAUUGUAAAAGUUGAGAGUGGGGAUGAUAAAGGCCUGAACUGGUUUGGGAUAUGGAUAUUGGGAAUGAAAAGAGGUGAAAAAUCAAGGUGACCUUAAGAUUUCACUCCGGGCUUGCCAGAAAGAUGGUGGUACCAUUGAUUAAAGUAGGAAACUCCAGAGAAAGAAGCAGGUGUGAGAAGGGAAGGUGUAAUGUGUGGAGUUUGAGGUCCCCCACGACACUUCCUGGUAUAGACGUCAAGCAGGCAAAUGAAAACUUGGAUAUAGAUA